CCAUGAUACACUUUGCCUAGACAGAAACACUUUCCACACGACGAAGAUGUUUAUUUCAACCAACCUUGGGAUAACUUUGUUUUAGCAUUUGGAAAUUUACAGACAUUAGUUUCAGUGACCGAAUUUCUUUACCAGUGUUCAAGUUGUUCAUGGUAUAGUACAGGGCCUAAUCGUGGGGUAGAAAUGAAUCCAUAGACUUGACAAUAAGUCGUUAGGCAGUCUUGAUUCUUCCGAGUGGUACAACUUGUGCCGACUGAGGGCGCGGUUUAGCGAGGCAAUAAAUCAGUCACGGGUCGAGUCCUGUUCUCCAAAUCGUGUCAGAAUGAAAGUUUAUCAUUUUUCCGAGUUUGUUUUUUUGUUGCUAAUUCAAGUAUCAACCGAAGUGGCUCUUCAUGAUGAGUGUAUUAAUGGUCUGGAUGGCCGUCUUCAUCUCAACUUAUUAAUUCCAACUCAGUGCAAUCUGCCACCACUUGCAAAACUUCACAUCCAGUUGGACCACGUGGACCCAUCGACUUCAUUUCUCAUUUUGACUGUCCAGACGCCCAACAUUCCUGUACAGAUCUCGCUCACCCAGAACCCGACGCUAGAUUAUUCCAUCAAUGGCACAGACGUUGGACUGGUCUCAGUUUUGGAACCUGGGCAGGAACUUGUCCAAUGGUUCUUGACAUCGUCUUGGAAUUUCACUGUUCCGGUUCAGUUAUUUGCUUUGCCGUACCAAAGCUCAAAUACCAGCUUGGUUCCGAUUCCUGGUGCUUGCAACCAGGAAUUUGAUCUUGAGAAUGAUCCUAACCUUCACCUUCACAACACGAGCUCCCUGAACAUCACUGUUCUAGAGUUUGCUGCAGCCAAUGUAGGCAUGAAACGGGGCAGCAUCCCAUCGUCUUGCGAUUCUGGUACGACAUCACUCAGAUUUCGCCUCACGUAUGCCCUUUAUGUGCGCCAUCUAGGGGCGCAGGAGUUUGACAAUGAGACAUUCUUUGAUGAAAUGAUGAAAAUGUCAAGGGUUGGCGACAUCAGGAAAUAUGGAGAACAGAUCCAGACUUUCAAGAAGGAAGACAUCACAGAGUUUUACCAGGUGAAUUAUCGGAGUCGUGGGUUUAUUUACAAUGUUAUUGUGACUGAUCCUACCUUUGGCACUGAGGCAGCCUAUGUACCAGCUGUGGUGUACUCUUGUGAGCUCCAGGAUAACAGUCUUGCAUGCAAAGAUGAUGUUGACUUUGGCGUCAUAUUGAUUGCGACAUUUACCGGCCUUGCUGGUCUAGUCAUCUGCCUGUUUGGCCAUCGCAUCUUCAGUUAUGAGAUAUUCUUUGUUGGAUUUGUCCCUUUCUUCAUUGGUGCUUUCAUGGUCUUUGGUUCUCAAGUUCCGAUGAGUCCGUUUGCCCUGAGUGCCAUCGCAGGGGCAUUUGGUCUGCUAGGGGGCGCUGUACAUUUUGCACUGUGGUGGCGUUUUGGCAAGUACCUUUGGUCCAUGUUGCUGGCGGGACUCAAUCUAGGAUUCUUGCUGUCGGCUUUAGUUUUCUUUGUCUCUCCACUCGAAAAUUUAUCCACCUUCCACAAUAAUGCCCUUUUUGGACUGACCUUCUCCUGUGGGAUGCUGAUUGUACCUGUCGUCUUGUUGUACUUCCCAAAAGUGGUAAGAAACAAAUCUUGAAAAUCAUAUUGCCCA